AGUUGCUGAUUAGUUUCUGUUGUUUGUACAUAGAACAAUCAUUAAUAUUCCCCAGCUUCAAGACAGGAUCACCUCUUCAGGGUGUGAGCAGCUCCCUCUGAUCAGUCUGCACUGAAUGGAGCUCCACCAUGUUUUCCUUUGCGGCUAGUGUUCACUCCGCAACCAUUGCCACCCUCUAGUACCUAGGCGAGGUGGUCAUUUUCCGAGUCGGAGCCUAGAAUGUGAAUGUGGGUAUGCUAUUUAACCAUGGAGAGCAUCACAGGAAUCCUGCCAUCAUCCGGGGUGAUUACACGCACAUCCUAGCAAGAUUCUUGGAUGACUUUCAGGGUUGAGAAUUGCGGGUAGCAAGCGGGCUGAUGAUAGCUGUGGGGAUCUAUGCUAAAACUGCAAUAGAAGGAGGUGCUGUGGAUUCUCUGACAGCAGAUCCCGCAUUGCUACUGAUCAUAGUUGGAUGUUUAAUAUUCUGUAUCACUUUACUGGGCUGCACAGGAGCGCUGCGUGAUAUUCAAAUUCUCCUGAAAAUUUUUAUGUGGUCCCUCCUGCUCAUCCUGUUGCUUCAGGUAAUAGGUGCUGCACUUGGCUUCAUAUUCUCCAAAAAGGUUGAAAGGAAGAGUGUGGCAUUAUUCAAGAAAGGGAUAAUCAGAUACAGGGAUGACCUUGACCUGCAAAAUCUCAUUGAUUACAUCCAGAAAAAGUUCAAAUGUUGCGGAGUGUCGAAUUAUAAUGACUGGUCCAAGAAUAUGUAUUUCAACUGUGUGGAUACUAACCCCAGCCUUGAACGGUGUGCAGUGCCAUUUUCCUGCUGUGUCAUGGGUACUGAAGAGGUACUCAACACCAUGUGUGGAUAUGAGACUCAAUCAAUGAAAAGUUCGACAGCCAAGAAACAAAUUUACACUGGUGGAUGUAUGGACAAGGUCAUCACUUGGGGACAACAGAACUUGUUUCUGAUUGGUGGUCUGGGCCUUGGCCUACUUUUGUUGGAGGUUUUGAUGAUCUCGCUGACAGUUAUGUUACUGAACCAAAUCCUGUAUAUCAGGAAACGAAUCAUUGGAAGGAGAACUGCAUCCUAACCUCCGCUCCCAGAGGCAGCCCAUCCUUCUCAAUUCGCUAUUGGCAAUGCCUAGGGAAGGAGUGACAACUGUUCCCUGUGAAGACCCACUGCAUUCCUUCUGACCACACUGAACCCUCACCACUCCACACUGAACAGGGGGAAAUCUAAUUGGGCUGCGAGGAAUCCCUCCCAUAUCACCAGCUGCAGCAACAUUAGGGAAAUAGUUUUUCUUUGCUAAUCUGCAAUAGUUAGUGCCUCUUGCUGGAGUGUGGUCCCCUGGAUGAUGCAGCCCUCCAGUAAAUCUCUCUCAAAUGGCCUUCCAUCGCUGACUCACUGCAGCAAGGUUCAGUCAUCUGGUUUCCCAUAGAAAGUGAGGAUCAACACAACUCUACGCAAUUCUACUGUCGACCAAUGUACACUCUCCAAUAAAUUCACAGAAUAGUGAGCGAGAGCAGGAACCCUGACUAGUUUUUCCUCUCCGUAGCUUAGGGCACCUGCAUGAUCUGCAUGGCCCAAUAUUAUACGGGGUGAUCCACUACAAGGGAAUCUCAAUUCAUUUUAAGUUCCAGAGAUACAUGUCAAUAAAAAUUCACCAUCUUACUUAAAUAUUAAAACUUUGGACUAGAAUUUCAUGUGUACCAAUGGUUGGCCAUGGUUUGUGAUUCGCAACCUGCUUGUGCUGUUUCUGAAUGAAAUAAA